AAUCCGCUCAGCAGCGCGCAGUGAAACAUUACGGUCGGCCAACCUCUUUCAUCCGGACAGACCCGGAAGUUGUUUGUGUGUCUGCCUCUCGCUGGAAGCAGCUCCGACUCUCUAACCUCUCCAGUUUGUCGGAUAAAGUCCACUGAGCUCACCGUCUCCCCAGGUGUGAGUGGUUGUGUGUGUGAGGGUCAGUAAGGUGUGUGCAUGUGUGUGUGUACUGAGUGUGUUUUGGGUUUCGGGGAUGUACUGUCUGUACCAGGAUCGGGAAGAACUGGAGGAUGAUCUCUAUCAAGAGGAUGAAGAGGAUUCUGAGGGGUCAGAGGCCAACAGCGAGCUGGAGUUCCGCCUCUACAGCCAGCUCCACUACUCCUCUAAUGCUGGGGAGAUCGAGGAGCAGAGGGACAGGGGAGAGGAGGCGGAGGGCCAGGAGAGCCAGCAGCUUGAGGUGACUGAAAAGUCUUCAGAUGUUGAUGCAGAACUGGAACACACUGGAGAAAGUGGGCCUCCAUCACCAAAUAUAAGCAAGUUACUGCAACACCUGAAGAAGAAGGGAGAGAAACGUGAUAAACAAAAGAAGGGGGAAAGUAACCCUAAAGGUCAGAGGUCGUCUUCGUCUUUUUUUGAGGAGGUAAUCGUGAUUGACUCCAGCCCUGAUGUCAUCUCCAUCUCUGAGGGUGACACUGCCGAUGAUGAUGAUGAAGGGGUCUGUGCCUUAAAGGGUCAAGGCUUACACCGGCUGCAGACUUCCACACCGGCCCAACAGGGAACCCAGAAAAGGAAGAACGGUCUCGGUGUGCCAGUGACUGUGGACUCCAGCAGCUCUGAAUCUGAUUCAGAGGAGUCUGAUUCAAAGUCUGAGUCUUCUGAGUCUUCUGAGUCUUCUGGGUCUUCUGGGUCUUCUGAUUCAUCUGAUUCGGACGGCCUGGAGAACUGGAUGAUCCUUGGUCCAGGGAAUCAGGACGGAGACCAGUCCAUCUCACUCAACCUGGAGGGAAGGUCUGACUGCAAUGCAGAUGUUGGAGAUGAAGAGAGCGGCUGGUUGGUUUCUGACAAGGACAAAGAGGCUCAAAUAUACAACAAAGACAAGGGUGCCAAGAUAACAGUGCAGCGGUUGUCAAACAGAUACUAUACUAGCAAGAAUGUCCAGUGUAGGAACUGCGACAAGAAUGGACAUCUCUCCAAGAACUGCCCUGAGCCCAAAAAGUUGUCGGCCUGCUUCCUUUGUGGCACCCCAGGCCACCUGGCCAUUAAGUGUCCCAAUAAGCACUGCAACAACUGUGGCCUGCCCGGGCACGUCUACGAGUCCUGCAACGAGAAAGCGCACUGGCAUAAACAGUGCCAUCGCUGCAGCAUGACGGGGCACUUCUUUGACGCUUGUCCAGAGAUCUGGAGACAGUAUCACAUCACGACUAAGAAAGGUACACCUGUAAUCCAGCGGGGAGAGGACCAUGGGCGAACCCCUGCCUACUGCUACAAUUGCUCCAAGAAGGGACACUUUGGCCAUGCGUGUACACGGCAGAGAAUGUUCAAAGUGACGUAUCCCACCACCCCGUUCAUCAACCACUACGACACUGUGGGAGACAUCAACCGCAGAAAGCACAGGAUAAAGUUUAAAGUUAUAGAACUGAAGGAAAAAGGCCUUUUCCCUGCCAGCUCUGAGACCCCUGUCACUCCAGGACCACCAAAGAAAAAACAGAAAAUCAGCCAUCACAAAAACAACCACCAGCCUAAACAUAGACCUCACCAAAGCUCCAACAACCACAGACACAAUCCAUCCCACAUAUUUUUUAACGACAGCCACGACUACAGGGCCCCAACACCCAAAACUAAGUACAAUAAGAACAAACAACAGGAAAGCACCAGCAACGUAAAAGCAUGGAAACCCAAGAGACCGGUACCUAAGUCGAGAGACCCACCAGCUAAACUCAUUUUGGAUGAAGCAGAUGACUUUCCCAGAGGCAGAGGCAAAGGAGAGAACACAGAGAUGAUGAAGAAGAAAAAGAAGAGGAUGAGGAAAGGGAAGCAAGUCUCCUCAGUGACACCAGAAGGACACAGAGACGGCAGACCAGGCCGUCUCCGUUGGACUGUAACUGGAGAGAUGCAGGGGUCGGAGUCAAAGGCAGAGAAAGGAAAGAAGAAGAAGAAAAAUCGCCCCCGCAGGAGUACUGACAAAAAACUUGCUGAGCAAAUGUACCCGACAGAUGAAAACCUGUUUAUCAUCAAACAGAGGAAACGCAAAAGAUAGUAUCAGUUUGUGUGAGUGUCAGCGGCUGUGAUUUCUAUGACCAGUACAUAAAGUAUAGUACGUGUUCAUCAUGGCAUUUAGGGAUAUCUCAGACAUCUUGUUCACUCAGGUGCAGUUGGAAGUAACUGGUUCAUAGACCUUUUUCACAGGAGAAUGUUUUGGCACGUAACAAGUAGGAAAAGUUUAGCCGCUUCAGUUUCAGGGUCCUGGUUGACUGGGACACAGAACGGACCCAUAGUUAACGGAUAGGUUCACAAUUGUUCAAGUCGGUCCUAAAUCAACAGUCAGAUGUCCAUAUGAACUUUUAAGGUUUUUCUUUCUGUAAUCAUUACUGUUUGUAUACUAGCCAUUUAGCGAUCCUUCUCUAAUGCACCUUCAGUGUAAGUGAUGGAAGACCAAAUUCAGACAAAAAUGUUUAUCUGAAUGUAUUAUGAAGCUUCAGCAGUCUGGGUUGAAGAAAUAUAGUGUAUAUCUGUCAAAGUUGCUACAUUUUUGGUACAAAUCCUUCCAGUGCACCUCAGCAGGGAAGUAAAAUGAGGGGAUUUUCUAUUAAAAAGACUGACUUUGAAAGAUAUCUACUUAAUUUGUCUAACUCAGACCUCUAAAGGCUCAUAUUAGCUUCAGAUAAAGAAGGACGGCAGAAAUUGUCCCCCAUCACCUACACUGUAAGCUUUCUAGGAAGGGAUCUCUUAGUUUCCAGUAUGAACAGGAGGGAUGAUUACAGCAAGAAAAAUCUUCAUAUGGGCUCAAGAUUAUUGUUUUAAUAUUGACUCAAUGUUAUUAGUUCCACCUGUGCUUUUACUACUGUGACAGGUCAAAAUGUCUGCUAUGAAAAGGGUCUAUUGUGUUUGACUGCCUUUUCAGUUUAACCAACGAAACUGUAAAACAGGGAAUAAUUUAGUUGCAUCGACCUACAGUGUUUUCAGUAGAUUGCUUAAGUAAGGGGAUACAAUUGGACUAUGAAUGUCAUUACUAUCCUAUUCUUUCAUUUCUUUGUUCACAUUUGUUUCUGCAAAUUGCAAAAUUGGUAAAUAAACACAGACUGCUCUU